AUGUUAUCACCAAAUAAUAAUAAUCAUAAAGAAAACAAACAAUAUGAUAAAAUUUCAACAACUGAUGAAAACAUUAAAUUUUUUGAAAGAAAUUGGAUUUCAAAAAUUUUAUUUUGUCUUUAUGAUACAUUUGUAAAAUGUAGUCAAGAACGAGAUCUUUAUUCAAUCAAAUUUGCUGUUGAUAAUGGAUAUCAUAAAGUAUCCCAUUUUAAUAUGACAGUAAUUGAUUAUGCAGUAAGAUUAAAUAAUUUAUCUCUUGUUCAAGAUCUUAUUUCAUGUGGUGUUGACCCUAAUAUGAGAAAUGAUGAUCUAGACACACCACUCCAUUAUGCUUGUUUUUAUAAUUCAUUCGAAGUUGUCAAAUUCCUUCUUACGUUAUAUGAAAUUGAUAUUAAUGCACAAAAUAAGUAUGGAAAUACACCCCUUCAUGAUGCAUGCAGGUCAAAUGAUACAGAAACUGUAAAACUUCUCUUAGAAUGUAGAGGAAUAAAUAUUUCAAUAAAGAAUUACAAAGGUGUAACUGCAAUUGAUAUGACUAACGAUGUAAAUAUUCGAAAUCUUUUUAAUCAAAAAUAA